AUGCCCGGUUGUGAUCAGAACUGGCCAACAUGCUAUACCUGCAAAGCCGCCCACAAGGUUUGCUCGGGGCCAUCGUCGCUUCUCAAGUUCGUGGACGGUGGUAAACGCAGCCGGCCGGAUAGCUCGGUAUCCCCUAACCCUGCGAAGAACUCGUCCGAGGGCUCGCUACCACCCAAUGGAUCUCGCGUCAUGAUCAGAAGAGGUCCCUUGCGGCCUGCCUCCGAUGGCGGGAACGCGUCGUUUGGUGUCUUCCGGCUCCAGGCCCCUCGAUCCACCCCGACGACUGUCUCUGACCGCGUUUCUUCUCGGCUCAUCAAUCUGUUGAAGCACGGCGAAGACACCGGCGUGGCGAUGCAGAUGAGCUACCUACCGCAUCUCCCCCAGCGGCUCUCCGAGAGCGACUGCCUCCGUGACUGUACCGCACUAUUUUGUUCCGCCUGGAGCGAUUACAACCGUGGGAAGCCAGCGGACCAGCUGCUGGCAACGAACCUCUACCCGAAAGCUAUUAGAAGCUUGCAGAGGGCUAUAAACGGACCUCAUUUGUACACUGUAGAGACGCUGGGCGCCAUGAUUAUGUUUGAACGGAUAGGCACGCUGUUCAGCAAUGGGGAAGCGCACAGCUUUGAAUCUCACCGGCGAGGCAUUGAACACGUAAUGCUGGGCAAAGGGUCACUGGACGCGGGCGACAAGCUUGAUCUGUCACUUGCUUUCAAGAGUCAAUGGGAGCUGACAUUCUUGGCCCUUAGCGGCGUAGACAAUCCUGUUCUCAGGCUGCUAUGGGAGAGCACAGUAGACGAAUCUGACAUCAUGCGACUGGUCGUGUUUGUCGAGGAGCUGCAGUGCUUUGACGGCGAAUACGCCGCCAUCAACAGGUCAUUUAGCUUACUUGCGCCAUGGAUAAAAGAAUUCCGCGCAAUCCAGACGGAUCCCAAUGGCAUGGUUGAGCGAAUGGCCAGCCUGGUGGAAGAGUUAUGCACCCAUGAAACGGUGCUGCAGUCCGUAAUAGAUAGGGUCGAAGCCAGAGCCACGCCUCUAGGCCAUAUGAGCGAGCUGUCUGACCCGAACUUCCUCCUCGGCAAGUCGUUUAAUUUCGCGUCGACACGUCUAGCCCAGGCGCUGGUUGGGAUCCAUGCGAUCAGGCGAAUGCUUCUACGGCUAAUCUUCGACCUUAGUGCAUUGUAUGGGACACCAGACGCGGGAUCUUACAGGACUUACAGGGAAGAGUGUGAGAAGAAUUGGAUGUUUCUCCCUUAUGCAGCCAGCCUGGAUCCAAUAUCCGCUGGGUUUCUUGGUCGUAUUGUGCUCCCCUCCCUCGAGGCGGCACAGGGAGACGAGUUUAACCAAUUGGCGGAGCUUUUGUGGACUACGGACGGAUUUCAGUGCAAGUAUCCGAGAGACAGGGAAAAGCUCAGAGAAAUGGUGCUGUCAAUCGCAAUGAAGGAGAGUGGCCGGUCGUAG